UUUUGUGAGAGAAAGAGAAUUAAAAUAAAUACGUCGUUUCUAACAGAUCCAUCCAAAUUUAUACAAUAUCGGAGCGCACAUGCAACGAAUACAAUCAUAAAUUUUGUUCCUCAACAAGAAGCAUGGGUUGUUGAACGAAUGGGUCGAUUUCACAAAAUAUUGGAACCGGGUUUUAAUAUUUUAAUUCCACUCUUGGAUCGCAUCAAAUACGUGCAAAGCCUAAAAGAAAUAGCCAUAGAAAUUCCACAUCAAAGUGCCAUUACAAUUGAUAAUGUUCAGCUACAACUUGAUGGAGUAUUGUAUCUAAGAGUGGUCGAUCCAUAUAAGGCAUCGUAUGGCGUUGACGAUCCAGAAUUCGCGAUAACACAACUCGCUCAAACAACAAUGCGUUCUGAAGUAGGCAAAAUUAAUUUAGAUACAAUAUUUAAGGAACGCGAACAACUGAAUAUUUGUAUAGUUGAUGCUAUAAAUAAAGCAGCUGAACCAUGGGGUCUUCAGUGUAUGCGUUAUGAAAUUAGAGAUAUGACAAUGCCUGCGAAAAUCCAGGAAGCUAUGCAGAUGCAAGUUGAAGCUGAACGUCGUAAGCGUGCUGCGAUUUUGGAAUCAGAAGGGAAAAGAGAAGCCUCGAUUAAUGUGGCUGAAGGUGAAAAACGUGCCCGAAUUUUGGCUUCUGAAGCUGCUAAACAGCAACAAAUUAAUGAGGCCAUUGGCGAAGCAGAAGCUAUUCUAGCUCGUGCCAAAGCUCGUGCAGAAGGCAUCAAAAAGGUUUCGGAUGCUCUUAAAGAUCAGCAAGGCAAUGAUGCUGCAGCACUUAACGUUGCUGAACAAUAUGUUAAAGCAUUCAGUAAUCUAGCAAAAGAAGGUAAUUCUAUAAUUGUGCCAUCAAAUAUAUCGGAUGCGAGUAGUAUGGUUGCGCAAGCUUUAACUAUAUAUAAACAGUUAAUAGAAAAGAAGACGUAA